AUGAAGUCAAUCAUUCUCUCCACUACCCUCUUUUUCGCCACACUUCAAUCCGCUUCUACUUUCCCCACCGAAACCCCAACCAAACGCUGGUACCGCUCUGGUGAUAAAAUCGCUGCUAUAGCACAUAACAUAAAAACCCUCCCACCAGCCACAAAGCCAUGUCUCACUCCUCAAUCCCAUGCCAAGGACCCCAAAGACGACGACCCAAUCUCCGAAUACCUAGUCGCCAUGACCGAAGAUGAAAAACGACCAUGGCCAGUGAUAUUUGAUGAGAUGGGGUAUAACGCUACUAGAGUCAAAGAGACACGUGAUGUUCAUAAAUUUCUCGCAUUUGACGAACAACUCGGUGACAGCUCUUAUAUCAGGUUUCAAACCGAAGAGGGCAUCCGCAUUGAUACCUUCGGAAAGAGUAUUAGAGCGUUUACAAUGAAGAUGAGCGAGUCCGAAGCAGAGGGUAUGGCGGAUGCAGAGAAUAUUGGUUCCUUGGAAAAGAACGGGUUGGUAUAUGCCAGUGUUAUGCCCCAGGACGAGGAAGAUCUUGCCGUGGAAGCGGCAUACAAUCUUACCUCAUGGGAUGAAGAACAUAUCUUCGAGAAACGCCAGAACGGACGUAUCCGAACACAAAACACUGCCCCAUGGAACCUCCAAAGAGUCUCGAGCGCCAAUCGAGUGAACGCCCAGGGACGUCGCGCCACUGAUUUAAAUUACAAUUAUCGCUUCGACCAGAGCGGUGGCGCGGGUGUAGAUGUCUAUGUUCUUGAUACCGGUAUCAACACCGCACACACGGAAUUUGGGGGUCGAGCAUCAAUGGGGUUCACUGGCUACGGUAAUAACUUCAACGACGAUGGUGGUCAUGGAACCCAUUGCUCCGGCACUAUCGGCGGUACACGAUUCGGUGUCUCCAAGAAUGUCAACCUUAUCGGUGCCAAAGUUCUACCCGGUCGAGGCCCUGGAACCUUCGCCGCUAUACUUGGUGGCCUUGAAUUCGCGUACAGACGCCACCUCCAGCGUAUGAAGGAUCCUAACUUCAAAGGAUCUGUUGUCAGCAUGUCUCUUGGCGGAAACGGUCGAGCCACUGGCGCUCUCAGAGCUAUGGAAAAGGGUAUCCAAGCAGGAAUGCACUUUUCCGUCGCAGCAGGUAACGACAACGCCGACGCCUGUAACUUCUGGCCAGCCGGAUUUUCCGCCCAAAUCCCAAUUAUCACCGUCGGUGCUACCGACAUCAACGACAACCGCGCUCGUUUCUCCAAUUUUGGUAGAUGUGUCGAUAUCCAUGCACCAGGUGUUGCCAUUAUAAGUUCCCACAACCGUGGUCCGCAAUCCAUUACUUCCAUGCAAGGCACAUCUAUGGCAUGCCCUGCGGUUUCCGGCAUGAUUGCAGAGGAACUUGUCAAGAACCCAAAUCUCAAGUUGAACCCCAGAGGCAUGAAGCAGUUGAUCUUAUCAAAGGCAAUCCGUGGUGUCGUCCGCGGAACAAACAAUGCCCCAAACAUGUUGAACAACGGGCUGAGGUAA